AACUAUUUCAUGUAUAUGACUUCUCAUUCUAUGUUUGUAAUUCUUAGAUUGCAAGAGGACCCUCCUGUGGGUGUCAGUGGUGCACCAUCUGAGAAUAAUAUAAUGCAAUGGAAUGCAGUUAUAUUUGGACCAGAAGGGACACCUUUUGAAGAUGGUACUUUUAAACUAGUAAUAGAAUUUUCUGAAGAAUAUCCAAAUAAGCCUCCAACUGUUAGGUUUUUAUCAAAAAUGUUCCAUCCAAAUGUAUAUGCAGAUGGCAGCAUAUGUUUAGAUAUUCUUCAGAAUCGCUGGAGUCCAACAUACGAUGUUUCAUCUAUUUUAACUUCAAUUCAGUCUCUGCUUGAUGAACCCAAUCCAAACAGUCCAGCAAACAGUCAGGCAGCACAACUUUACCAGGAGAACAAACGUGAAUAUGAGAAAAGAGUUUCAGCUAUUGUCGAACAAAGUUGGAAUGAUUCGUAACAGCGCUGUGUUACUCUCCAUCCUCAUAAUCAUUAUGUACAAUUUAACUCUCAAUAGAAAGGCUACCAGAAAUUUCAAGUGCCACAGUUCUAUGAAUUUGCAUAAAAACUCAUUUGCAAACAAAAUUAAGCCCUCCAGUUUAGGGAAAGCUAAAAGCUUGUGUAUCUCAAUUAACAUCCUUUUUAUUGCAUGGUAAGAACUAAGUUAUUGCUACAUAAAUUUGUAAUAUAUCCUGUUUGUAUUUUUUUUUUCCAAGUGUAUGUUGGUGUGGAGUUUUCAUGACAAGAAUAUACACAUUUUGUAAAUCUGUACUUUUUCAAAUAUUGAAUGCCUUAUUUUUGAAUUCUUUAGAUUUUUAAAUUGGAGAAAAGCACUUAAAAAAGUUUUUAUAUAUGAAUAUUUAAUGUAAAACUGUUAAAUACAUAACCUUAGUGCAAGACAUUCUGCUCUCACUCUAUCUUUUUCCAAGGGCUCAUUUUUUGUCCAUGCUAUUGAUAGCCUGCACUUUACAAACAGAAAAGUUAAUCCACAAUGCAACUGUCUUCAUGGCAUGUCUUUGCUUCUGCACCAUGGCUUGCCUUGAUUCUGUGUGUCCUCAGUUGUAUGAGGAAGAAUGAUUUUGCUAGAAGUCCCACCUUAAACCAGCAGCAGACUUGCAAACAUAACUUGGAUGACCAGGCUUGGUGAUAAAAUUAUCUUUAUUUUUCUGAAAUAUUGUACUUUACCAACCUGGAAAACGUCAUCUAAAUCUGUCCUAUAUUCACAUAGUGAUACUGUAAUAUAGUUUUGAGUAUCUUCUAAUAAUUAAAGAAGGUUUCCCCUUAGGUUCCCUUGGGGGUAGGGAAAAAAAUCAGCAGAAGAAAACAUCUACAGAUCUAACAGAGUUUGGCUGUGUACCAUGUGGUCCAGUCUCAUGUCUGUAUCACACAGGCUCCACAUAUUCUUAAACUGACAGUUUAAAGAACUUUGGCUUUGUUUUUGUAAGUGUUGAUUUGGUAAUUUCUUACUGUAUCCUGUAAACCACAUUAGCUGACUAAAGAAAAUAAUUAAGCCACUUUUUUUCUUCCAGCAUUAAAAUAUUAACAACUUUGUUACAAUUCCAGCCAGCGUUACAUAUAUAUUAAACUCCCCAAAUCCCAUACCAAAAUACAGCUCAGUGGUACCUAAGAAGCAAUGGAAACUGAUUUCACCUAGAAAAUAAAAUGUUUAUUUGCAGCAGUCAUUACUAAAAGUUACUCUCAAUGCACUGGAGAAAGAAUAUCAAUUUAUACCUCACACCUGCUUGUAAAGGUCUGUGGUUUCUAGGAGCAGUACUCAGGUUCAGAAAUGGCACUCGGAAUACUGUCAAACCAGACUCUGUUAGUAGCUUCUGGAGUAAAACUACUCUGCCUUGGAGAAGCAUUAGUGUGCAAAGGCUCAGAAAACAUCAAUGCUAUGUAAUAACUUUGUUCUCAUUAAGUCAGUUUGCUUUCCUUGAACUGCUAAACUUGUGUUUAAGAAUUCUUCAAUGUAUGAUUAAUAACAGAAACUCCCAAGGAUCCAAUUUGCUUUUCGUUUCAGUGAAGUUACAGUAACACUGACAAAGUGGUGCUAUGUGGCUUAAAACAACAUCAAUGCAAAGAUUUUUUUUGUUCAUAAAUACAAAAUGGAAAAGCUUCCUCGUUCUAAGAAUUAA